GAUGGCCGCGCCCGGUGGCGCCGUGAGCGACUCAGAGAGUAGUAGCAGCAGCGAUGCGGAGGAGCUGGCGCGGUGUCGUGAGGCGGCAAUGCCGGCCUGGGGCUUGGAGCAGCGUCCGCGGGGAGCAGAGAAACCACGAGGCGGUAGGGGGCUGUGUUCCGGGAGGCUGUCCAUGGAGCAUGCUGCCAAUAACAAGUUGCCAGCCUCCCAGCUGAGCCUCAGGCAUAAAGUGGAUGAGCAUGAACAAGAUGGCAACGAGCUUCAGACCACCCCCGAGUUCCGAGCCCACAUAGCCAAGAAGCUGGGAGCCCUGCUGGACAGCUCCAUCACCAUCUCAGAAGUAGUGAAGGAGCCAAGGACAGCCAAGGAGCACAAGGUGGCCUCGGAGGAUGACGGCUUCCGCCUUUUCUUCACAUCCAUCCCCGGAGGCCCUGAGGAGGAAGCUUCUCCCCGACCCCACCGAAAGCGCCAGCCCUCCAGCUCCAGCAGUGAGGACAGUGACGAGGAGUGGCAGCGGUGCCAGGAGGCAGCCGUGUCAGCCUCUGACGUUCUCCAAGAGUCAGCCAUCCACGUUCCCGUCAAGCUGGAGAAGGAGGCCAAGAAGAGGAAAAGGAAGCUGAGAAAGAAAGCCGACCAGGGGGCAGGCACUGGUUCAGCCACAGCCGCCAGCCCCGCCCGCGGGACCACAGUCCAGACCCAGGAAAAGACACAGGCCAGCGGGGACCAAGUAUCACCGGGGACCAAAAAGAAGAAAAGGAAGAAAAAGGCAAAGAAACCCAGCAAGGUGUCGCCAUUUCCAGCAGCAGAGAGUGAGGCCCCCAUGCCUGCAAACUGACCCAGUCUGUGGGCACCGCACGCCCACGCUCCAAGGACGAGUCACCCACGGGCGGCACCACGCCAAGUUGAAGCAUUUGGCAAAGCCAGACUCCGCCCACAAGACCUGACAAUGCCUGGGCUUGCCCAAGAGUCUGGGCAGAGACGUGGCUGUAGGGUGAGAAGCCUCAGCAAGGCCUGCCCCUCUGUUUCCACUGAGGGUGGGGGUGGCCCUGUGCUUCUAGAGUAUUCUAUGGCCUCAGGGAAUUGUCCACCUCUUCAAGACUAGUGGUCCAGUGGUAAGUUUCCAUCUCCCAUUACUCUCUGAGGUGGGCAAGAUCUUUCUCCCUCCCCCACUUCUUCAGCUUGGUGUGGAAAAGUCUUUAGAAAAUGAGGGACGAGGCCCCCAAGAUGCCAAGUCCCAGGGAACCUUUUGCCCUCCCUCUACCCCACAUCAGUUUUCCAGAACAUUGGGAAAAGAGGAAGAUUCCACCCCGCUGCCCAGUUCUCCAGAACUUUCUUUCUCCACAUUUGUGAAUUUAUCAAACACAAUGAUGUCUCUGAGCCAACUAACUUACAAAAAAACAAAUUGUCAGUGGGCUGGGGAUGUGCAUCCCAGCACCCAUGAGCCUAGUUUCAUGCAGCAGGGGUUCUGCGAGGAGUAGACGCUCAAGAUGAAGGUGCGAUUCUGGCUUCGUCCUCUUGUGAGCAUGCGCACUGCAGCCUGUCUCCACGCCCAGGCCCCCAGCCUGCCUCGGCCUUGGGUGACUCAUUGACAAGCAAGAGGUUUCCACAUGUUUCUUAGUGACUUUACUAAAAGUUAAAUAAACGUACAGGCUCCCCCACAGCUGGCUACAAGCCGCAGAGGUGCUGGUUCUCCCAAGGCCCAGGUUCUCCACCGCAGGCCCAGGAGGUAAGGUCACGUGCGCCCUGGGUUGGCAGCUGCUCUGCCCUUCCCAGGGGUGCUCAGGACCUCAGACUCCUCAGGGUGGCUGCCAGCUGCCUAGACCCCAGUUCGCAGCCAGCUGGGCUCCCAAGCAUCAGUCCAUCCAUGCAGGUGGCCCCUCAUCUUGCCACGCUUCUCCCUCUGGACCUCCGCUCUGCCCGCUGCUCAGGCCUUGCUGCCUUCUGAGGUUGGUAACCACCCACCUCCAAAAAAAGAAGGGUCUGCAGGGCCCCAGGGCCAGAGGAGCUGCUGCCCUGGGACCUGGACUUGACACAGCUGGUCACAGGAGCAAGGACGACCUCUUCGUCCCGAAGUGGUCUGUCUGGUAGUGGCAGGAUGCUAGCUGGCUUCAGAAGGCCUGAGGUCAGGAACACAUGUCCAGGAAAAUGAGGGGUCCUGGAGGCCGUGGAGAGGGGGUGGCUCUGGACAAGGGAGGCAGGAGAGCCCUGCGUGCCUUCCCCAUUGCUUGAGCUGCCCAGGGCUUGGGCACGGAGCCCCAGGCCUGGGAGAAAGCAGCCACUGGGACGUGCCUGGUGCGUGGGGACGGGUGCGUAUGGGUGGACUUGUGGCUCACUCACUGGAAGGAGCUGCGCAGGGCCAAGCAGCCCGUGGAUGCAGAGGUGACCAUGCGGCCAUGCUGAUCUAGGGCCUCACAGGGCUCAGCGAGUCACAGCCGCUGGGCUUGUGCCGAGAGAAGCGUGCCUCCAGGGCUAUCCUCAGGCCCGAGCUGGGGCACCAGGGUCAAAGGCUGCCCCUUUCUCUUCCAAAUAACAGCAGGUCGUCCAGCAGCUCAGGUAGUCCCUCCAGGAUCCUCCAGGAACAACUCUGCUUCCCAGCGCUCCACAGUCCCCUCUUGGGCAAGUGACACCCUCCUCAGUUGAGGCAGCUUUCGGAGGCUGCAGAGUGGGAGGUGGGAACGAGUCGGGUUUUCCAGGAAAGGCAGCUGUCCUGUGGGGCGCCAGCUGGGCAGGCUCAGAAGCCCUCCAGGUGGUGGCGACUGCUGCCUUGUCACCCCCAGGCAGGCAGUGCAGGCUCCAGGGCCCAGCCCCUGGUAGGUUGCCGAGGUUACUGGGAGGAGGAGGCCAUCUGCGUGGAGAUGAAGGUCUCAAUGACGCCGUGGUUGGAUGGCAGCAGGUGGCUGUGGCCGCUGGCGGAGUCGGAGCUCUGGUACAGCACCAGGCUGCUGGAGGACACUGCAGGGGCAAAGGAGGCUGCUGGCUGCCGGCCACACCCCCUCGGGCCCACUACCUGCCCCUCCCUAAGGGCAGGAGAGGCAGGGCCUCACCUGAAUCAGCAGGUUCCAGGAACCCCAAAGGCAGGCCUCUACCUGAGGCCACCCAAAACGUGGUUCCCACACUAGUGGGAACACUACAGAAGUCCAGGCAAGGUGACAUGGUAGUUGUAUGUCAGCUCAGCUAAGCUGAAUCAAAUACUAAUUUUGUUUCUGGGAAGGUAUUUUGUGGAUGUGGUUAACAUCUACAGUCACUUGGCUGUAAGUAAAGGAGGUUCCCCUUGAUAGUGUGGGUGGGCCUCAGCUAAUCAGUCGAAACCUGAAGAGCAAAGCCAAAGUUUCCCAGAGAAGGAAUUGCUGUGCCUCAAGACUGCAGAAUUGGCUCCUGUCCAGGUGGCCAGCCCGCAGAUGACAGGCUUGCCAGCCCCCCAGUUACAUGAGCCAGUUCCUUACAGUAAACCUCCCUGCGUGGAGUGCACUUCCAACUGGGCCUGUGUCUCUGGAGAACCCUGACGAAUGGAUGGGGGUAAGAGAAUGGGCUUUGGGGUUGGACCUGGGUUCAUGUCCUGGCUCUGCCACCCAGUAGAUGAGACAGGUCCGUCACCUCGAGUGUCCACUUCCUCAUCUGUAAAAUGAGGAUAAGGCACAUGCCUCAUGGGGUAGAGCCAGAGCUGGAACGCAGAGGGCCCGUGGUCAUGCUGCAGCCCUCGGGGCUGGGGGACCUGGGGCCUCCCGAGGGACGGCAGUUGCCUGAACUCAGAGGUCCUGGUGGCCACCCCAGGCCUCAGCACCCAGCAGCCCAACUCCUAGGCCUGCUCUUAGCCCCGGUUGCACACUGGGGACCUCUAGGGUCGCCAGGGCAUGACCAGGAGAGGGUGGAGUGAGUGGCCAGACACACCACUGGGGUGUAGGAACGUGAGUCUUUCCAAUCCCUCAAAAGAAGCCAGAAAGCCAGAUUCCUCUGUGAAAGCUCUAGAUUUUUAAAUGUUGCCCAUUGAUUCGAAGAACAUUAAACGCUGAGCCCAACUCCUCCCGUCUGAGUGGCUUCUGCUCCACAGCAAGCCCAGCUCAGGCUCACACCCUCUGCUGCCAUUCGGAGCCAUCUCGGCCUUAACUGAGUCCAUCCUAGCCAGGGUGUGGGGACGCCUCCCUGUGGCUGUGCCCACACUUGGUGCCCUCACUACAGAGGCCAGGUUUGGGGCCCGCCCCACCUGCCUCUGCCCAGCACACACCGCCCCAUCCCGCCCGACUCGGGGACAGCGAGCAGGGGGCAUGACAAGCGCCACUCACCUGUGGGACUGGCGCUGAGCCUGUGGGCAGGCUGCAGGUGCUGGAUGCUGGCAGGGUCCUGGCUGGGGAUGUGGAUGGUGGUGGCCGGAGAGGCCGGUGCGUGAAGCCCAGACUCACUGGAGGCGUCGGUGUCCGAGGCGAAGACCUGGGGGACCAGAACAGCCCCCUGAGCCCUGGUGCAUGGAGCAAGAGGCUCGGGGACGGGGCCAGGAGGGGGCCGGACAGGCCAGCGCCUUACCUGCUUGGUGGGCGUGAGGCUGGCAAGGGCGCUCAGGUUGGUGGUGUCGGUGAUGAGCAUGGUCUGCGGGAGCAGGCCUGUGUGGGUGUACUGGGCCACCUCGGGCUUGUGGCUGUAGAGAGCUGGCGGGGACACAGGGGGCGAGAGGAUGGACACGGCUCCCUGGAGCUCCCCUGGAGGCCUCAACAGUGCUCUGGGGGGUCACAAGGCUGCUGAAUGGCCUGGCUCCAGAUAGAGGGUUGGCCCUCCCUCAGGGACCUGCUCAGCUGGAAUUGAUGGAGCGGAACCUGGGAAGGCCAGGGGCCAAUUCCUGGAGACCACGGGCUCGAAAAGGAAUGGACAGUGCAGGUGCAGUUGGACUCGGCACAAGCACCACAGUACUAAGCGCAGGUGCUGUUGCACGAGCACAGGCCUCAGAAGAGAAGGCAGGUGGCCCCCGUCCAGGUGAGCAGGGCAGAGGACAGUCAUGCACCUCUCCAACGCGUAAGCCAGUGUUUCCCGUCAGCACCUCCAGGAGGCACAGACACUCAGUGCCUGGAUGAAGCCCAGCGUCACACACACAGGCACACUUUGGACACAGACAUGCUCAGGUCUACGACACUUAUUCCAACCACAAGUUCCAGAGGUUUCCAUAGUUGGCCCCAGGGCCCAAUUGGUGGUAAACCCCGACCCCCCGACACAAAACCCAGCCACGAGCCACGUGAAUCUCUAACCUGCUUCAUGAAACUGCUGCAGAAACAAACCCCUUGGGUGGCAGAGCAGCCCCAACCCCGUGGGCACAGUGUGUGACACGUGGCAUUUCCACCCAGCUACCCUUCUGAAAUAGGAAACAGUGAACUCUGAAGGACCCCUCAGAGCAGGGCUGCGGCCUGGGCCCCCACGCGGGGACACUAGGAACACUCAGAAGCACACUGCAGCACAGCGUCCCCGCGCCCGCCACACACAGCUGUGCGCGUUCACACACGGAGACGCACUGUGACCCGCAGACACCGUCACAGCACCUGCCAAGUCGCCCAUGUCCCCUGCUCCCAGCCCAGGGCAAGAGCUCUCACCGUGAGGACCCUGCAGCUGGGCCAUGGUGGCCAUGAAGGGACUCUGGGCCACGUGGCUCUGCACAGGCGACAUGAGAGGCUGCUGGUAGGAAGGAUGCAGUGGCUGCGAGAACUGGACCGGCUGCAGGGUGGUCAGGCUGCUGCCCAUGCUGUUGAUGACCGGCACACUCUGCGCCUGGGUGGAGG